AUGCCACUAAAUUCUGCAAACUGGACCUUUAAAUCGAAUGAGAAGCUAACUUCAGUGUCGUUGUUUUCUUUCCUGAAACUGAGCCAUUUUACAACCGUUAUUCUGAAGGUUUACUCCCUUUCCGGUCACGCUAAAUCUGGCGAGCUUGUUAAGACAGCAACGCACAUGCGACGCAGUAUCCAAGUGUCAUAUUAUCAACAUAAAUCCCAACUAAAUGAGGCUGCAAUGGAAAAACCCAAGACAUCCAAACUUUUGUUGUUUGUUUUCCCCCUGCCACUUUCCACAGGGCUUGAGAUGAGGACCAUGGGAUCUAGAGCCACCUGAUUUAAGGUUAUGUCUCCAUCACAUGGCUCUGCUCCGGAGAUAUCCGCAUCCUGGCUCAUCACUCCAAAAAACCAGAUCCUUCAGCUCAAUCAGGGAAGGUAAGCGCAGAGGGCUGUUAUGGAAGACACUUGUUGGCGUCACUGUCGGCGUGCCUGUGGCGUUGGGUGUCCAGUACGCUGUGUCAGAACCGAGAGAGAGGAGGAAGAUGAGGAUCGUGAUUGAAGGAUUUGGUCGGUUCUGCAGAUCUCUCUCUGUGGGAAUCUUUAUUUCUGUGGAUUACUGGUGGACCACCAAUGUGGCUCUUCGUGGCCUAGAUGAGAGCAGCCCAUCCUACUUGGCCCAGAUGUCAGCUUGCCACCAGAGGGCAGCAGAGUGCAUGGUGGACGGAGCCAUAAGGAACGGAGGAAUAUACAUCAAACUCGGCCAAGGUCUUUGUUCCUUUAACCACUUGCUACCCCCCGAGUACAUCCGCACCCUGCAAAUACUGGAAGACAAGGCCUUGAACAGGAGGUACAAAGAGGUGGAUGCUCUCUUCCAAGAAGACUUCAACAAAAGCCCAGAGCAGCUUUUUAAGAAGUUUGAUUAUGAACCCAUUGCUGCUGCCAGCUUGGCCCAGGUUCAUAAGGCAGAACUCUUUAAUGGAACAUCUGUUGCUGUGAAGGUGCAGUACAUUGACCUCAGAGAUCGGUUUGAUGGUGAUAUCCGAACAUUGGAGAUCCUAUUGGAUAUCGUUAAGUUCAUGCACCCCAGCUUUGGGUUCCGAUGGGUCCUCAAGGACUUGAAGGGAACAUUAGCUCAAGAGCUGGACUUUGAGAACGAGGCCAGGAAUUCUGAGCGGUGCGCCAAGGAGCUGAACCACCUCAAAUUCAUUGUUGUACCAAAAGUCUUUUGGGAACAAACUAGUAAGAGAGUGUUGACGGCAGAGUUUUGCAACGGCUGCAAAAUCAACAAUGUGGAAGAAAUUAAAAGACAAGGACUAAGUUUGAAAGAUACUGCUGAUAAACUGAUCCGAGCAUUUGCUGAGCAAAUAUUCUACACUGGUUUCAUCCAUGCUGACCCUCAUCCUGGGAAUGUUCUAGUGAGACAAGGUCCAGAUAACAAGGCAGAGUUGGUGCUCUUGGACCAUGGCUUAUACGAAUAUCUUAGCCAACAUGACAGAAUGGCCCUUUGUAAACUGUGGAGGUCCAUAGUCCUGCGAAAUGAGGCAGCAAUGGAGAAGUACUCCAAUGCCCUUGGAGUCAAAGAGUACUUCCUCUUCUGCGAGAUGCUGCUGCAGCGACCAAUCAACAUGCGGGAGUUGGGUCUGUCCAACAUCCUGAAUCGGGAGGAGACAACCUACAUGCGCAAAAUGGCCAUCAACCGCUUUGACAGCGUCAUGCAGGUGCUGAAGUCGAUGCCCAGGCCGAUGCUGCUGGUCUUCCGCAACAUCAACACAGUCCGAAGCAUCAACAUCACUCUGGGCGCUCCGGUAGACCGCUACUUCGUCAUGGCCAAGAGUGCGGUGCGAGGCUGGGGCAAGAUCCAGGCAGAGAGGGUGGGGAUGCUGCCCAGGUUCUGGAUCUUCCGCUGGGUGCGGACAACAUAUGAGAGCUUCAAGUUUGAGCUGGCUUUGAGAUGGGAGAUAGCAACAAUGAAUCUCACGCGUUCCUUCCUGAACCUGCUGUCGUACUUUGGUCUCAUAUCUCUGGACGCAGACAUGUACGAGUACCUGAGGUAGUGCACAGCUCUCCAACACUUUUUGAAGAAACAAAGAAUAUGGACAUUUUCCAAGUUAAGCACAAGUUAAUGCAAGCCAACCACUAGACAACAAGGAGCCUUUCACCACUGAAGCGGCUCCGAGUCCUGCUAGUAAUGGUGCUACUCGAGUGUAUGUGUGUGUGCACUGUUUCAACACCAAAUCAUAUCCUGAACUGAUGAUGUUUUGAAAAUGGCUUACAAUAUAUUACAAUGCAGGACCGUAAAGCACCAAACCCACUCCACUAUAGACUCCCAGAGGCCAAUGUUUCACAAUACACAACAACCCCACAGACCACUGUAAUGGUUUUAUUUAAAUUAAGAAAAUUACUUUUAUUUUUUUUUAGUAUUAAUUCAAUUUGUUUUAGUGUAAUCUUAGUAGAGCAAAUCUUUUUGAAAUCCAAAUGAUUAAAGUAUAUGUAUCAUCCUGGCUUAAUACAUCAACUGGAGUCAUUGUACUCCAUGAGUGAUGUGUAGUAAUUGUACAUUGGCUGUAAAAUGAAGCUAACACCACGUCUUGCUGCAUCUCCACUGCGAUGACAUUAAAUGUAAAAAAAAAUGUUUAAAAGAAAAUCUCUAUGGUUUCCAGUGAAAUAUUUCAGUGCUUCAAGAAACUGCAGCUUUAUUGACAGCAGUACAGUGAAUGUUAAUCUGUCAUGUGAAGAAUUGAUAUUAAUGUGUGUGUGUGUGAUGAACCAUUUCAGUUUAGUGUUGCUUUGAUGAAGGCUACUGCAAACAGAAAGCUGUUGGGUGUUUGGGUCCCAAUUCCCCUGAGAUCAGAAGUUAUUGCUUUUCAAGUGUGAGCACACUCUUUGCAGGUCAGAAGAACGGUCCAGUACCACCUAACCAAAUGUUUUUAAAUUAUUUUAACAAUGUUAAUAAAAUGUUCUACCUCCUUUUUAA